AUGAAUUCAUUCGAUCAGAGUCAUCCAAGUACCAGCUUCAGGUACAAUCCAAAUUCGAACACAAUGAAUCAUGCAGAUGAUGAUGCCGAGUUCUCAGGGAUUCUUGAUAUCUAUGUUCAUCAUGCUAGGAACAUUCAUAACAUAUGCAUCUAUGAUAAUCAGGAUGUCUAUGCUAAGUUCUCUCUUACAUACAACCCUGAUGACACUCUCUCCACUGGAAUCAUAAAUGGAGGUGGAAGAAACCCAAUAUUCAAUGAAAACUUGAGGAUGAAGAUUACCCAGAUGGAUGCUGUUCUCAAGUGUGAGAUUUGGAUGUUUAGCAGGUCAAGAAAUCAUUUGGAAGACCAGCUUCUGGGAUUUGCUUUGGUCCAAAUUUCACAAGUUGUUGGCAAAGGAAAGGUGACAGAAGAUUAUAGCCUUUCCUCCACUGAUCUUUUCCAUUGUCCUGCUGGAACUGUCCAAUUAACACUUUCUUUGGACACAUACAUUCCAAUCAGUUCCCCUGUGAAUUCCAUAUCACAAUCAGCUACUAAUUCAUCAAUAUCCUCAGAAGUUGUUUUGCUUGAUCCAAAAGUCUCUGAAGAUGUCGCAGACCCAGUUAAGUAUUCUAGAAUUGAAUUUCCUGAUGUCAGUAGGAUGAAGGAGAACCAGAAAAUGGUUUCUGAGUACUUCAAGUUGGAAUCUUAUGGUUCUUCUGCUUCAAGGCCUAAUUCAGUAGGAUUUCUACCAUUUCUUCACCUUGGUGCUUCUCCUCAAGGUGAUGAUCAUGAAAUGACUAUGACAGUACCAGAUGAGAAUCAUGAGUCCACUUCUCCAAAUGAGAGCAUUCAGAAUUCUGUGUUCCCAAGCUCUACUACCACAAGCUUAAGUGAUGAUAGAAACUCAGAUGAUUCAAUUGAGGACAAGAGUAAUUUGAGGGUUGAGUCAACAAAUUCUUUCAAUGUUUCAGUUACAGGUAGUCAGAACUCUGGUGCUAUUCCAGAUACCCCAACAUCCAAGAAAGAAACUGAAGCCAGAGAUGAUAAGGAAUCAAAGUUCCCAUCAAGCAAGGAAAUGGAUAUCAAUAGUGAUAGGAAUACAGAAGCUGCAAGAUUUAGUGGAGUUUUUUCUGCUCCACUAGGGAACAUCAAUAUGGAAGCUGAGCAAUCAGCUAUGCAGCAGCAAAUAGUUGACAUGUAUAUGAGAAGCAUGCAACAAUUCACAGAGUCUUUGGAAAAAAUGAAGCUCCCUAUGGACCUUGAUAAACCUGAGAGUAAAGGCCAUGGCCAUGGCGAUGUGAUUCAAAAUCAUAACAGCAAGUUAGAAAUUGAUAAGAAAAAGGAUGGAUCACGUGUAUUUUACGGUAGCCGAGCAUUUUUCUAG